GGAAGAUAAAGGCUGUGUAUAUAAGGUGCCCCUUCUCUCAACUACUCAUAGCACCUCUCUCUCGUCUCAUCUCAUAUAUCUCUUUACACACUCAAAUCUUAUCUCCAGUCCUCCAUCUCUUCACACCAGACAGACUCAUCUCGACCGACAGCUGUACCCGCAGGGAACACCACACCUUGAAAACAUGACCAUGAUCACCAGAAUACUCCUGCUCCUUGCUGUCACCAUCUGUAUCACAGUCGCCCAGCGUUCUGUGAGCCAGCGAUGUUUGUGUCGUAAGGUGCGGAACAGCUUUGGCGCUCCAAACACUGUUGAGGACAUCCAGAUCUAUCCUCCAACUCCCUCCUGUGACAGGCUGGAGUUCAUUGUUAGCCUUAAGAAUGGAGUACAGUACUGCCUGGAUCCCAGUAUGAAGAAAGUGCAGAGACUUCUCACUCGCCUGAUGAAGAAGUCCUCUCCCCCAACUGUCCCCACUCCAAUUGAGGCCAUCUCUAGUGAGAGAAGCAUUGACUCUGCUGAUAUCUGAUUCCCUGUCUCAGACUCCCUCUAUAACUCCAUUUAGCAGGGGUUCCCAAACUCGGUACUGUGGCCCCCACUUGCUGCACGUUUUGACUUUUGCCCGAGCACUCACUACACAGCUGAUUCAAAUAACCAUAAAUAGUCAAGCUUUGAUAAUUUGAUUCAUCUGUGUAGUGCUAGGGCAAAAACAAAAAUGUGCACGGCGGGACAAAUAUGUUGUUAUCCUAUAAGGUCUGACAUCCCAUCACUCUGAAUGUUUAAGGCCAAGUCAAUGUCAAAGCAGUUUAAUGCAGAAGCUUCUUGUUCUAAUUAACUUUAUACUUCUAUUUUGUACUUUUUUUAUAUUUCAAUUUCAUAUGUCUGUGUUGGGAUGUUAUGCUUUUGUGUUAUGUUUGCACAGUUGUUGUCUCAAGUGAUUUAAAAUACUUAAAUAAAUCUAUUUUCUCAUGA